AAACCCAUGAAGGGGACACUGCCGCUUUAUUGCUAUCGCGCUGUUUAUUAAACCGUUUUAACACCUGACCCGGUUUACAGCAGGAAAAGCUUCACACAAAGAUGUUCGGCGGACGCACUGGCUGCCAUUUUUAAUCUACCUGCAGGAAUCAUUUUAAAGGGAAACGAUUACCUGCAUGAGUGUUAAUAUUUUAAACAAUUCACGAUUGCAGUUUGAGCGGCUGUUGAGACUGCGCAUGCUUCAUGGGAUCGCAUUAAACUCAAGUCCUUAAAGAUGGCCAAAAUUGAGCGCCUUAAUCUUCGAGUGGAAAAGCUCCUGUCUAAAGUAGUACAGGAGGUUCUGGAUGUGGUGAAAGAAACUGUGUGCGAGUAUCAGGAGAAAACUGCCAGAACCCAGAGAGAGAAUCAGAGUCUGAAGAGGAGACUGCAGGAGCUGCAAGACAGAAUUAACCUGGGGAGCAAUGCAUUGGUGCCAGAAAUGUUUGCAUCCAUCCCAGCAGACAUGAAAGAGAAAGAAGAGGUGGUCAUCCCUGUUGAUAAAGACACUGAGUCAUUAGGUGCUUCCUGCUUUUCCCCUGACCGUGCAACAGAAAGCCUGGGAAAUCUGAAAACAAAGACACAUGAUGGACAGUCAGCCUCAUUAAUAAACCACGAAAGACCCUUCAUUGCACCUCUGCAUUCUGAAAAUGACCAGAAAACGAAAGUAGAGCCUGCAUCAGACAACGAUGGCUUGCGUAUUGUGAAUUAUUUUUAUUGCGAUCCAUCAACGAGCACUGCAGGACUCGGAGGUGAAUCUGCAGUUUUCUACAUUGAUUCAGGACGUGACGUACAGGAGCCAGCGAGACACAUCAGUGCAAACGAUGCCGGAGAAGAAAACCAAACCAACACAGAAGUGGGCUGCUCGUUCUCAGCAGAGAAACUGCAGAGAAACGUCCGAAAACACUACAGCUGCUCUCUCUGCGGUCGCACCUUCAGGCAUGCAGGUGACUAUAAGAAACACAACCGGGUGCACACAGGGGAGAGGCCGUACUGUUGCUCGGUGUGCGGCAAGCGCUUCAGCCAGUCGGGGUACCUCACAGUACACCUGCGCUACCACACAGGAGAGAAGCCGUUUGCCUGCAGCCAGUGCGGGAAAAGCUUCAGUCACUCAAGUAACUUAAAGAAGCACCAGCAGACUCAUCUGUGAAGGCUGGUGGGUUUUUCGAGGUCAGCUAAAAACAUAUAAAGAGGUUAAUGUGCCUUCUUCACAGAAUAGACUGCCUCUUAGGGAGCACUUGUGUUUUCCUGAGCUGCUGUUGUUGGUCAGAUUUUGUUUGUUCCAUUACUAGAUUUUGAAGCAUGGAGUCUGUAGUGUGUUUCUGUAUUGUGAUCUCCAAAUAAAAUAAUUAGCUGAUCAAAUUCUUUUGGUCCUUCUGUGUGGUCCAUUGCAAUAUUUGAGACUGGUGCACAAUUUCUUUUGAAUCAGUCUCAAAACCAAAAUUGUAUUGUUCUGAAUCAUGAGACUUAAAGGCACCUACUGGAAGCCACAGCUCAUUUCUAAAAUAUAUCCACCAAUGGGGAUCUCUUCUACUUAUUCAGUUCAGGGUCACUUAUUUAAUUUGAUUACUCUGUGAUGUUGUAACAUAUUUCUUUAGCAGGUAUGGGUUAUUAAUGUUACCAAAGACCCAGAUGGGAAACUGAGACUGUUUUGGAGGACCUCAGCAAUAUGAUGAACUCAGUUCUCUUCAAAAAAUAAUUUGAUCUCUUUAUAAUGUGCCACUGUUAGGAGUAGAUUACAAUUAGGGUCCUAAUUUUGGCUUCUUGUAAUAAUUCUUGAGGUGCAGAGACAGUAUUCAUGCUUUUGUUGUGACUUCAGAUAUAGAUAUGUGAUAUUUUAUUUAUUGGCUCUGUCAUGUCACAAAACAAUUAAGGGUUCAGGAUGGCCUAAUAUAACAAAAUAAUUCACAAUAUCACAAUUUAUUGUAUGAUAAGAAGAAGACAGAAGCGUUUCACUCGGACCUUUAUUUUGAAAACAACCCCUCUGCACACGUGAUCAGAGUUCUGCUUCCGGAUGUUAAAGAUUGUUUUUGCUGUUCGUGGAUCUGCUUUGUUACAUGUUGUCAGUUUUUUUUUUUUUUAAUAAA